UAUCGCUUCUCAUUGUACAUAAAUACUUUGGUCCUUCAACUGCGGUGUUUGCCGCUGUCAAAGUACCAGGUAAAUAUGGAUAUGCAACAAUCAUUCUCAGACAGUGAUAAUGCUGAUAAUUUUGAUGUGGACAAUGAAAAACCUUCCACAUCCGAAGUUAAGUCAAGUAAAUUCUUAUCCAUGAAGAUUCUAGAAACUCCUGGUAAUUCCAGUAUGGAUACUAGUUUCAAUCCUGAUGAGAGAGAAAGUGAAAGUAGCUCUGGAAAUAAAGCUACAGAUACAUUUAAGGUGGAUACAAGUUUAAUACCAAAAGCUCAUCUGGAAGGUCAAGUUAAUGAUGAACUAUCUUCUCUUGGUCUUACAGUUUUUAAUCAGGAAGAAUUUGAACAAAAUGUCAUUGCCCAGGUGGAUAAUGCUAUUGAGAAAGAAGAAGAGGAAAGACGAAAGAAACAGAUGACUAAACAGUUAGCAGCGGCUGAAGAUGACUGCAAGCUGUUGAAGCAAGAAAUUGCUCGAGUUGACCGAGUACUUGCAAGUAUGCGUAAGAGUGCGCCUUUGAAAGAGAUUAGAAAAUUAGAUUCUGUUAAACAACAUAAAGAAAAAAGAAUGAAAGAAAUUAAAGCUAAGAUGAAAGCACUACAUCUUAAGAUCUAUGGCAAUGCUGAUGGACUGGAAGCAGAUGAGGAACUUGUUAAGCAAGAAACUGAAGAACUUUCCGUUUUGCAUCAGAUGUUGACAUUUGGCAAUUCUGAACAAGAAACUGAACAGGAAAAGCUUAUUCGAACUGGGGAAAUGACUCCAUUUGGCUCUGUAACUAAAGAUCCCAGCGACAAAAAAUCUAAAGGUAUUUCUUUAACAUCGGAGUCUGAUAUGUCACCUUUUGAGAAGUUCUUAAUGGAAAAAGAACAGACCAAAAUUAAACGUACUCCUCCUAAGCACCAGAAGACAUCAACAGUAACAUUAGCAACCUUGAAAGAACGUAAUUCCGUCAUGCAAGAUUCUCGCUUUGCUCCAACCCCAAGCCCAAGCAAGAAAAAAAAAAACAAUUGGUUUGAUGAAAGGAAAAAACAAUUUCGAAGCGAACCUUUGCCAUCGUCAAGCAGCAAAACAAUAAAAGUAAGUGAUGACAGUGAUGAGGAUUCACCUGGUAAUGAAUUUGCAGUCAAAGAUUGUCGAGAUGGUAGAGGAUACAAUGAUAGUGACGACGAGUGGUACCCUGAUAAUGAUACUCAUUCUGUUCCAACAUACUUUUUUUUCGAUAAUUCCAGACAAUAUAAUGCAAGGAAAAUAUUUGAGAAAGUUAAUGGUGACGUUGAGGAAUCAGAUUCUGAUGAAGAAGGUUAUUCUGAUGCAGAAUUUGAUGGUGGAUUAAAAGUACCAAAGAAAACCUGGAAGCAGCUUUAUAAGUAUCAAAAGACUGGAGUUCGUUGGCUAUGGGAGUUGCACUGCCAACAAGCUGGCGGAAUUGUUGGUGAUGAGAUGGGUUUAGGAAAGACAAUACAAACAAUUAGCUUUUUAGCUGCUCUCCAUCACAGUCAGCUGCAUGAUAAAUCUUUGGGGUAUGUUGGUCUGGGUCCCUGCAUAAUCGUCUGUCCAACAACUGUCAUGUAUCAGUGGGUUCGUGAAUUUCAUAGUUGGUGGCCACAAUGUCGAGUGGCAGUCCUUCAUGCUACUGGAUCAUUUACAGGAAGUGAGGAAAAACUUGUUUACAGCAUCAACAACUGCUGUGGUAUCCUAAUAACUUCAUACAAUAAUCUUGUUGCUCAUAAAGACAUCGUUAUCAAACACAAAUGGCAUUAUGUGAUUUUAGAUGAAGGUCACAAGAUCCGAAAUCCUGAUGCUCAAGCUACUCUUGCAUGUAAAAUGAUUCGUACACCUCACCGCAUAAUCUUGUCUGGGUCACCAAUUCAAAAUAACUUGAAAGAACUAUGGUCUCUGUUUGAUUUUGUGUUCCCUGGAAAGCUUGGGACCCUCCCAGAUUUCAUGCAGCAUUUCUCUGUCCCUAUUGUUCAAGGUGGAUAUUCUAAUGCAACAGAAGUACAAGUCAAAACAGCAUAUAAAUGUGCUUGUGUACUCAGAGAUACAAUUGGACCAUACCUUUUAAGAAGGAUGAAAUCUGAUGUGAAAAUCAGUUUGGAUCUUCCAGAUAAAAAUGAACAAGUACUGUUCUGCAAACUUACAGAAGAACAACGAGAUGUUUACCAAGAAUACCUUGAUUCUCGUGAGUGUCAGAACAUCUUAGAUGGCCGUUAUAAGGUAUUUGCUGGUUUGAUAACUCUUCGUAAAAUCUGCAACCAUCCUGAUAUCAGCACAGGAGGUCCACGGGUUUACAUUGGAGACGACAUAGAAGAGGAUGAGACUCUUGAUUUUGGCUACUGGCGCAGAUCAGGAAAGAUGAUUGUCAUUAAGGGUCUCUUGCGUCUUUGGAAACAGCAAGGUCAUCGAACAUUAUUAUUUUCCCAAAGCAAAGUAAUGUUAGAUAUCUUUGAAGGUUUUUGCAAAAAUAACAACUACUCCUACAUAAGAAUGGAUGGAACGACAGCAAUCUCUGCCAGGCAACCCCUUAUUACUCGUUACAAUGAAGACAGUUCUAUUUAUAUAUUUCUCUUAACAACAAGAGUUGGAGGACUAGGUGUAAAUUUGACUGGCGCCAACCGUAUUAUUAUCUAUGAUCCAGACUGGAACCCAAGCACUGACACGCAAGCCCGUGAACGUGCUUGGAGAAUUGGACAGAAAAAGCAAGUCACAAUAUAUAGGUUGCUUACAUCAGGUACCAUCGAAGAAAAAAUUUACCACAGACAAAUUUUUAAACAAUUUCUGAGUAACCGAGUCCUGAAAGAUCCAAAACAACGACGGUUCUUUAAAUCUAAUGAACUUCAUGAACUUUUUACACUAACUGAUGAUGGAACUAAUGGAACCGAAACUGGUGCCAUGUUUGCUGGAACUGGCUCCGAAGUUGAUAUUAAGCCUAAAAAGCCAAAUCGAUUUGAUCUCUUAAAACAGAAUGAGGAUUCUGUGAAUUUUGAACUGAGUAAUAAACAAAAAGAGAAAAUGAGAAAAUUAGUGAAGAAACUGAGCCAGAAAAUAGAGAAGUCCAAGUUAGAGGCAGCUAACAAGCAAAAUGCUUCUGAUUCAAAAGAGAAAAAUUCUGAAGGUGAGAUAAUGAAUGGUAAUGUGGCAGAUCAAGAUGAAAUUGUUUCUGACCAAACUGAUAAGGUUUCAGACCAUAACAAAAACAGUGAAAUGGUUCCACUCAGUAUUCAUCAUCGACAUACUGAAGCAGAUAUUCAACCUGGAACCAGUUAUGACUCAGAUACUUCGAAAGAACACAGAAAAAGAAAACAUGAAAGACACAAAAGCAAACAUGAAAAACACAAAAGCAAACGGAAAAAACAAAAAGAUAUUUAUUGUGAUGGUGAGGUGAUUUCUAAUUUGGUGAAGAAAUCUGCUUACAAAUGUGCAGUUGAUGAUCCUGAAGACAAAACAAAUGACAAGGAACUAAAUAAUAUGAUGGAUGAUUAUGUGUUGCAGAAACUUUUCAAAAAAUCAGGUGUCCACAGUGCGCUAAAACAUGAUACAGUCAUGGAUUCGUCACAAGCAGAUUAUCUGCUGGUUGAAUCAGAAGCGAAUAGAGUUGCUAAACAAGCAAUGAAUGCAUUGAAACUUUCCAGGCAGCGGUGUAACAGGGCAACCUCCGGAAUACCAACAUGGACUGGGAGCCAUGGAGGCAACAAAAUGAAUAUGCCAAAACCCAAAUUUGGCCAGAAAAAGAACUCAUUAUUAUUAGAGGAUGCACAUAAACCUAAGAGUCCAGCCAAACAAAUUCCCACUAAUGCAACUGCGAAGGAAACACCAGCACACUUUGAUGGCCAUGUUUCUGGUAAUAAAUAUUUAAAUAAGAAAACAUCUGAUGACUCAUCGUUGUCUCCUAUGACUUCUCAGGAACUAUUGACACGUAUGAAAGCCAGAAAAGCCUUAAUAGACAGUUCUGUUGAUGAUGAUGAUGUUGCAAGUGCUGUUGACAUUGAAUUUAUUUCUGACAUACGUAACUUUAUUGCAUUCCAAUGUAACAUCAAUGGAGAAGCAACGACUGAGGAACUCAUAAAAGAAUUCAAACCUAAAAUACCUGUCAGUGAUUCAGCUAAAUUUAAAGCAAUGCUUAAAGAAAUAUGUAACUUUAAUAGGAAAAAUGGAAUUGGCUUUUGGAGACUUAAACAAGACUUUCGAUGAAUUAUCAACUUUGUUGCAAAAAGGAAAUAAUAAUUUAAUCAUUUUCUCAAUUUGGUCAAAUAUUUUUGGUCAGAAACUGUUAUUAAUUUAACACCUCAAAAAUUGACAUUAAAAGUUCUUAUUCUGCCUUGUUGAAGAAAAUGAAUUUUAUCUUUGAAUAUAGCAAUAUUUAAUUUUUUCACUUUAGUGAAUGGUCGUUGGGAUUAAAAAUAGAAAGCUCUCAAAGAUGAGAUAAAAUGUGAGGAAUACUUAAGGGAAAACUGACAAAUAUUAAUGAAAAAUCUUUCAAUGGUCGCCUCUAAUCAAGGUUCUAGAUAUUUCAAAGGUUUAUUCAAAUAUUCAACAUACAAGUUGAAUUAUGAAACAGACUGUGUUGUUUUAUGUUACACAUGGAAGCAAGGACAAAACAAAAGUAUCUCAUCGUUAGUUGCACUGUUAAAAGGACAGGUUUAUGUCACAAAAUAAUGAAGAAAACUAAGGGAAAUGAACAGAAUGCUGUUAAUGAAAAAAUAUGAAAUAUUCAAGAAACUGUAUGUGAAAGCAGGAUGAUGUGAUAAGAACAUAUACGUAUAAAGUGGGCCAUCAAAAAUACAAAUGGUGCUUGAUGGCUUCAAGAAAUACAGUGGCUGAGCAGAUAACAGUAAUAGAUUUACGAGGAUAGGGAAUGCCUGUCACGUCACAAGCAUAUUGCAUCACAUCCUUGAAUUGGUAAAAUGAAUAUCAAUAAUAUACAGGAGUUGAGCAGAUCAACAACACAAAAAUCUGUCUUCUUUUACAAACUUGUCCUUGAACUAAAGAAAGAUCUCAAAAGGAAAUUUCCUUUUCAUGCUGCAGUUUAAUUUCUGUUUGUUGAUUGGUUGAGAGUGAAGUGUUUGAGUUAUCAAAUAGAAUAAGAAAAUCUGAUGGUGUAAGUAAGAUUAGAGACAAAAUGUCUAAGUGAAAUUAGGGCAACCAAAAUGGAUGCUAAAUCAUAACAGUAUCUACUACACUAUUUUUUUAACGAAAAUUUAUAUCAAUAGUAAGGAAGAACAAGACAGCUGGACCUUUUCUACCCUUUACAACUGUCUUCUGUUAAACAAACCAGUAAUUGAGAAGAGGAAUGUUUUUGUUGAAUGGUCUGCACUCAAGGUUUUAAGUCAUUCUAAUGAAAUAAAUGAUAGUACCCCUGAUUCAGUCUUGUACAGUGAAUCACCUCCAAGACGUGUUGGCUGUAAUUGUAGCAAAGAAAAGUCUCAUGUGUAUAUGCUGAAUCUGUGAGGACAGUGCAUAGGCACUAUGCAAUACAGAAUAUAGUCAAGCUAAAAACAGAUAUGAUAACAUAGAAGGGAAUAUUGUUGUAAUGAUUAUUUUAAAUAGAAUGUUAUUUAUUGUUAACCAACAUGGCAUGUUGUUGUUGUUAAGCCCCUGAUUAGCUUAGUUGAGCUGGUUUUUGAUAAAAGGUGUUUCAGUUUCUUCUGCUAGGGUAAGUCAAAAAUCAUACACACUCUUGUUUCUGUAAUUUAUUAAAACAAAAGCAAGAGUCGAACAAUUAUAUCAUUUUUCAACAUAGUCUCCUUGCUUUUUGAUGCAAUUCUUCCAGUGGUCCACAAGCUUGCUUAUUUCUUUGGAGAAGGUUUACGGCUGGUUGUGCAGCCAUUUAUGCAUCGGUUUCUAUGCUUCUUAGUCCAUAGCAAAUCAACGACCUUGUAAAGGAUAUUUGAGUGGUUUAAAGAGGUGAUAGUUGGAAGGGUUGAAAUCUGGGCUGUGAGCAAUGCGUUCCGGUAACUUGAAACCCAAUUUUUCAGUGGUUUCAGUGGUGUGGGUGUGCAUUGUCAUACACCCAUCUCACGCACACUUUCUGGAAGUGGAUGGUUUUGUAUACAAAACCGUGACUAAUUUGCAGAGAACAUACUGCUUCAUCAGUAGUCACUUGUUAGUUCAUCAGAACCAUCUCUUGAGCUUGUUGAAUCUUCAUCGUCAUUGUGCUUCAUACCUGUCUGGCUAUUUUUACACUUCUCACUCCACUUAUACAUACAUCUGCAUGAUAGAGUGCUGUCCUUAUAUUGUGCUGAAAGCCUACUAUGAAUUUCAGCCCCUGACACACCUUCAGACCAGAAAAAUUGGAUCACUGAUGAUCUCUGUUCUUCCUUGUUUCUGUAAUUAGCAUACAAAACUACAUCAGUACAUCAAAUUUGAGAACAAUUAGAACAAAAUUAAGAAAAUAGAAAACUGUGACAGCAGCAGAAAAGAUCCCUAAUUUCACUUACCUUAAUGAACUUAGAAAAGGUUAGCCUUGUAUCUAAAGAACAAAUUGUUAUUGUCUUGUCAUACUGCAUUUAUCCAAGUGAAACCAUAGUACAUGUGAUCUCAUAUAUUUAUAAACUUCAUUCAACAUUGAACUAGUAACCACCUUAAAUAAACUUAAUCAUUAUAUAAAACAUGCAGUCCCUACAACAACAUUAGAGAAAUCAUUACUUUCACAUUUCCUGCAAAUGAAUUGUUUUGAUUGCUUUCAUUCUUUUAUAUUUCAUUAUCUUUUACCUGUUUCUGUCAUUGGACUGCUACCAUGAGGGGUCACUACCGCCAUGCUGGGGCACUGCCUUGAAAGUUUUAGUCGAACAAAUCAACUCCGGGACUUAUUUCUUAAAGCCUGGCACUUAUUCUGUCAGUCUCUUUUGCUGAACUGCUAAGUUGUGGGGAUGUUGUCAAGUGGUGGUGGGGGGGACAAACAGACACACACACACGACAAGCUUCUUUCAGUUUCCAUCUACGAAAUCCACUCACAAGGCUUUGGUUGGUCCGAGGUUACAGGCUAUAGUAGAAGACACUUGCCUAAGGUGCCAUGCAGUGGGGCUGAACCUGGAACCAUAUGGUUAGAAAGUAAGCUUCUUACGACAGUGUCAUACCUGCACCAUUAUCCACUAAUUGCACUUAAUACCAUUAAUUACCAUUUGUUCCUGUAUCAGUAAUUAAUAGAUUCACUCCAAACUUCAGAGACUGAAUCUACAUUAUGUUCACUUUCAAUAUUUAUGGCAGGUAUUAUUUCAUUUGAUCUGUAUCAACUGGUUUAUUCUGUUCACCCUUAAGAAUCACAGCUGUGUUAUUUCCUACUUGACAUAUAAAUUCAACUUCUUGUGGUUCUUCUGCAUUGAGAUCAAACUAGAGCUGCAAUCUUCAUAAGACAUUGUUAGUGGUUAUCAUAUUUGUUUAUCCAUUGAAGCAGAUGAACUAAGAAGUCAUUGUGCACAAGAGGUUGUCUGAUAACUCAAAAAACAUGCAAUAUGAAUAUUGCACUAAUAGAACCUUUACUUUAUGACUAUGCUUUUAAAUCCAUUUAUUACUUAUUUUUUAAUAACUUUACCUUUUAGCAUUCAAACCAACCAUAUCGAACCCAAAUAUUCUAUGUGUUUUGUGUUCAAACUGACUAGAUCAGGCCUCUCACGGCUAUCCUGCAAUAUCAUUCCGAAAGUAAGCAAAUGCGUCAUCAUAAUCUCAAAGCUACAAGAUAGUGCAUGAUUAAUUCAAAAUAAUGUGAAUAAAUACACAUUAUAUUUGACAAUAAUCUGGAUGCUAAAUGGUUAAAUGACUUUUGAAUGCAAUUAUUGCUUCGAUUAUUAUUAUUAAAAAUCCUUUUUAAUAUGCCCGAUGAAACAUGAUUAAUUGACAGUAUCCAAUCUUAUAUUUUUACAUUGUGUCAAUUUUUUCAAGAUGAUUCAAAGAAUCAUCAUCAUCAUCAUCAUGAUGUUCAUUCCAACCAACAUUUUUAAUAAAUUCUAACUGUGAUAAUGCAUCAACAUGUGGUAUUUGAAAUCCCUUUAUAUAUUUCAUAAUUGGAUUCUGUUAUUUGUCAAGUCCAUCUUAAAGUAUGCACAGAUGUUACUUUUGGUAAACAGCAAAUUUUGUUUAAAAAAUAAAUUCUAAUAGCCUAUAAUACAAAACAAAAAACAAGCAGAAAAUUCUCUACUCUUCAAAUAUGCCAUACAAUCUCCAUGGCUUCCCUUUCCAAAUUUUAGUAUCUUGUUUCUUGUUUCAGUUGUGGUUAGUACUGGAUGUCUGUUUUGUGAAAGUAUUCUUGAUAUAACCUUUUCACUUGUAUUAGUCUUUUUAGUAAUUUCUUUUGUAACAUCAUUAAUCUGGACAACUGGCUCCGAUACCAACACCAGUUUUAUGUGCUCAGAUGUUCUUUACUAUUGGACUUGCAACAAAAGUGGGACACCAUGUAUAAGAAGUGAUGCAAGUAGUGAUAUGCAGUCUGGAUAAGGAUCACUGUAUCUGCAACAGAAAUUGAGGGGCCCAAGAAAGAUUGAUUGCUUCUUUUCUUUUUCUUUUUUUGUACUUUUUACAUUCAUAAUUCUUUUCUGGCCACCUAGAAUGUACAUCAGCAAGUAUUGUGAAUAGUCCUAAAUAAGCACGAUCCUUAGACACAUCAUCGUCGUUUAACGUCUGCUUCCCAUGCUAGCAUGGGUUGGACGAUUUGACUGAGGACUGGUGAAACCAGAUGGCUACACCAGGCUCCAGUCUGAUUUGGCAGAGUUUCUACAGCUGGAUGCCCUUCCUAACGCCAACCACUCCGAGCAUUUAUAAUUUUUUUUUAGGCCACGUGUGUGCUGUGAAGUAAUUCCGUUUUAAAUCUAGAACAUGCUGGGUGUUUAAAUAUCGUUCCACAUCUUCACAGUAAGCUGGUUACCAUGCUUCGAAUUUCAACCAAUUCCUUGUUACCUUUGUUCCACAAUGUACAUCAUCAUGUAUACCUUUCAUCAUUAAGGUUCUCAAGUAGAUUAGUAGAACAAUUCAUUCUUCAUUACAGACAAUAUCAUCUUCAAAAUGCUUUUUACCUAGGGAUUAUUCAUCAGGUUGCCAACAAUCCUGUUCAUUUUCUCUUAUCACAAUAAUCAUAGCUGGCAGCAACCAUUAUCUCAGGAUAACCUAAUGGAUCAUCUUGAAAUGGCCGUGUUUUGAUUCCAGAUUUACUUUCUAGUUUGAUGCAUAAAAUAUUCAUUUGGUCAUUGCCAACUUUUAACGAUUCUACAACUGCCAGAAUGAAGUACAACAAUUUAUGACAAGAAUUUGUAUCUUCUUUUAUGGGUUACAUAAUAAUCAAGUAAGAUAACUCUGAUUGUCUUGAUUCAGUUUUAAUCCAUGUGAAAGACAUGUCCACCUUAAAAGAGCCAGUGAUUUUUUAAAACUGGGUCUUUUAGAUAAACCUCUUUUGAAUCCAACUUAACGGAAUAAGUCAUGUCAGAAAGUUAGGUAACUGAAAUAAUAGUGCUAAAUUGAACACCUUGUGGUAUUUAGUUAUAUUCUGAGCCCAGAUCCUACUAGGAUCCAAUUUCCUCUCCAACCGUCCAGGGUUGAUAAAAUAAAUACUUGGCAUAUAAUACAUUCAUAAACUACAAAUAUAUGGAGUUUAGGACAUGUGUGGUUUCAUUGUGCCUGGCCAAAUGAAUAACAUACAACCAACAGUAAGUACAGAGGAGAAGUAUCUGUUAUAAUCUGACCAAGUCCACAUUACUCAGAUUCCAUGUAAUGGAGAGAGUGCAGUAUGUCCAGACGAUCAUACUGCAUCCCAUGCUUUUACAUUACAGGAUUGCUUGUCAAACUGUAGUAUGGUCUCCAUUUAGGCAAAGACCUGGUAUAAGAGAAGCUGGAUAUGUGGGGCACACCUCAUUGUUUGGUUGACUACCAGCAUGUCGAAGGACUGAUGAAUCCAGGUUGACAACAAAAGCCAGGAAGGAGGCCUUAUGAUAAUGUUUCUCUUGAAUUAUUUCUGACUAGUUUUCUCAUUUUUCUCUCACACAUUUUUUUUUAAGUGUAAAUUAUUUUUAACUAGUUUCCUUAUUUUUCUCUCACUCUCAUAUUUUUUUAAGUGUUCAUAGAUCCUUAUAGAAUUACUUAAUUUUUCUUUAUAUUUGUUUGAAUUCUUGGAUGGCUGUCAUUAUAUAAUUCGUUUUUGUAUAAACUUAUCCAGCUUGGUUGAUUGUCAGUUAAUAUGAGGUGAGUUGGCAGAAUCGUUAGCAUGCCAGACAAAAUGCUUAGCAGCAUUUCAUCCAUCUUUACAUUCUGAGUUCAAAUUCCGCUAAGGUUGACUUUGCUUUUGAUCCUUCCAGGGUUGAUAAAACAAGUAUCAUUUGAAUACUGGGGUCAAUGUAAUCGACCUUUCCCUUCCCUGAAAUUGCUGGCCUUGUGUCAAAAUUUGAAACCAAUUAAUAUGUGGUGAAUAUUAUACAACACUUAAUAGAGCAUAUGAAUUAAUUCUAUAUUAGAAUUAUUUUAUUUGUAACCUUGAAUAAUGAUGGUGACUAAUGAUAAUUAUCACAUACAUGCAGCUCUCAAAUACUUAAAUAGUUCACUAAAUGCUCUCGUGAAAUAUAAUUCUACAGAGUAUAAAGUAAAUGUUGGAUUUACUUUGUGUGUGUGUGUGUAUGCUCAUUUAUUUGUAAAAAUUCUUACUGCAUUUUAAUAAAAUAUUUACAUUUUCUUUUUUUAAAUCAUUUAAGUCAUGCUAGCUAAUUAACAAGUGUAAUAAUGAUGUAAAUAAAAAAUUCUUUCAUAACUUACUUAAA